AUGGAAGAACGGGUUCAAGAGUACUUGAAAACCUCUGUAGAUCCUGAAAUACCUCCGAUAGAGCUAGACGGACCGAGAGUCAUUCUACGAGAGGACCUGACUCACUGCAGCAAGAUCGUGCGGCUGAUUAUGCGCAAAUCAGGCAACUUGAAGGGCACGAGCCAAAAAGCUCUGAACUCGGUGGCUGAGACCAUAACCGAAUACGUCAACCAACCGCAGGCGACGGUAAAUGCUCGACUCGAGCAGGAGACGAAGGCGCUUAGAGACCACAGCGCGCGCCUCGAGACGGCAAUGAGCAAGAUGAUGGAAGAGAACGCCUCCCUCAGACGACGUAUAGAAGAACUUGAGAAGGCUCUGUGUGCGAGACCAUCUGAAGACGCCAUAGAGCAGCUGGAAGCCCGCUUGCAGGCCAGACUUGAGUCGACUCUCAUGGGUCCGGCUCAAAAGACCUCCCCCUGGCCCAUGAAACAAAAACCGCGCAAGUGGAGCUCCCAGUUCAGGGAAGGAUUUGUUGGUGGGCAACCUCAGUCCGCCACCACCAAGGCCAAGGGCAAAGCGAAGGGCAGUAGAGCUGUCCAGCCCACUCCACCUGUGCUGACACCACUGGUCACUCCCUUUAACAACCCGUCCUGCGUUGCAGUUGCCGGGCCAUCUGGCGUAAAAGUAGCCAAAGGUGUAGCCAAAAAGGGUACUCAAGGCGAGAAGGGCGCCGCUCCGGCGCCGACACCACAGAACGCCAAAGCUCCACAAAAGACAAAGGGGAGAGGAAAGAACAGGCCCGCCCCUCCCGGGCAGCAAGCCCCACAGGAACCUAGUCCACUUCCGCCGGCUCCUGUGUCCAUGGAUACGGCCUGGACCGAAGUAGUGGGAAGGAAGAAGAAGGCCAAGUCCGGUGCACCAAAACCCGCAGCAUCGCGACAGUCGUCCAAGCGCUCCGAGCCGAAGCUCCGGCCGCCGAAGUCAGCCGCGGUAGUCAUAUCAUUGACACCAGCGGCCGUUGAGAAGGGGCUGACGUACGCUGGAGUACUCACGGACGCACAGCGGCGAGUGGACCUGUCUGGUCUGCAAAUCGACAGACUCAGGCCUAAAUAUGCAGCCACGGGUGCCAUGCUAUACGAGGUGCCCGGGGCUGAGUCCGAGCAGAAGGCCGAUUCCCUCGCCGCGCGGCUGAGGGAAUGUUUUGGGGACUCGGGGGAUGUAGUUGUCUCCCGGCCCACCAAGUGCUCGGAGCUGCGGAUCUCGGGGUUGGACUUUGCGGCCACCUCCGAGACGGUUAAGGCGGCCUUAUCUAGCAUUGGCGGGUGCGCUGCGGAGGCGAUUAAAGUUGGGGAAGUCCGCCCAGACAGAUCCGGCAUGGGUGCCGUUUGGGCCAAGGUGCCUACCAAGGCGGCCCAAAAAAUAAAAGCGGGCCGUCUUAAAAUAGGCUGGGUCGUUGCACGAGUGACCGUCCUCGAGGUGCGGCCUAUGCGUUGCUACCGUUGCCUCGAGAAAGGGCAUGUGCGAGGGAGCUGCGACGGUUCUACUGACCGUAGUGAUUUGUGCUACCGCUGUGGCAAGCCGGGCCACAAAGCCCGGCAAUGCGCAGACAAGUUCAACUGCGCCUUGUGUGCCGCAGCUGGCAAGCCCGCCGGGCACCGAAUUGGAGGGAAGAAUUGUUCCGCGUCCUCCCAGAAAACCCUGCGUCGCCCGCGUAGAAGACCAGCUGCCGCGGCUGAGGUUCCGUCCCAGUCGCAGGCGGCGAGCCCACCGCAACCAGUGGUGGCCGAGAUGGAAGUGGAGGAAGUCGCCCAUCAAUAA